AAAUUGGUUUGGGCCCCUACUCUUAGUGCUCCUAAACGGGAAAAAGAUCCAAAAAAACGGGUAGUUAUAACGGGUAUGGGUCUUGUCUCUGUGUUUGGGAACGACGUUGAUACAUACUAUGAAAGAUUAUUAGCUGGAGAGAGUGGAAUCAGUUUAAUUGAUCGAUUCGAUACCUCCAAUCUCCCCACACGUAUUGGUGGCCAAAUUCGAGGAUUCCAAACACAUGACUUCAUUGAUCGCAAAGUUGACCUCGGACUUGAUGAUUGUCAACGAUAUUGCAUUGUUGCAGGGAAAAAAGCUCUUGAAAAUGCUGCUCUUGGAGUCAAUAAACGCUCAAAGAUUGAUAAGGAGCGUGCUGGGGUGCUUAUUGGAUCAGGAAUGGGAGGUGUUAGUGUAUUUUCUGACGCUGUAGAGUCUCUAAUAGAUGAAGGUUAUGAAAAAAUAUCACCUUUAUUUACACCUUAUUACAUAACAAACAUGGGUUCAGCGUUACUUACGAUUGAUCUUGGAUAUAUGGGACCAAGCUACUCCAUUUCAGCUGCUUGUGCGACAUCUAACUUUUGCAUCUAUGCGGCUGCUAAUCAUAUCCGUGAAGGUGAUGCUGAUUUGAUGAUAGCUGGUGGUGUCGAAGCUUCUUGUAUUCCAGUUGGAUUUGGAGGUUUUGCUGCAUGUAAUGCUUUGUCUAAGAGAAAUAAUGAUCCCAAGACUGCUUCUAGACCAUGGGAUAAGGAUAGAGAUGGAAUCGUGAUGGGUGAAGGUGCUGGUGUUUUGGUGAUGGAGAGUUUAGAACAUGCAAUGAAAAGGGAUGCUCCGAUACUUGCUGAAUACUUGGGAGGUGCAGUAAAUUGUGACGCUUAUCAUGUAACUAAUCCACGAUUUGAUGGGCUUGGUCUUUCGUAUUGCAUACAAAGCUGCCUUAUGAAUGCUGGUGUGUCGGCAGAAGAGGUAAACUACGUUAAUGCACAUGCCACUUCAUCUGUGGUUGGUGAUCCCAUUGAAUUAAAAUCGCUUAUGAACGUAUUCAAGAACACUUCAUGGACAAAAAUCAAUGCCACCAAGUCAAUGAUAGGUCAUUGCAUGGGCGCAGCUGGAAGUCUAGAAGCCAUUGCUACAAUUAAAGCUAUUCAAACAGGAUGGUUACAUCCUACCAUCAAUCAAUUUAACGUAGAACCAAGGGUGGAGUUUGACACUGUUGCAAAUCAAAAGCAACAACAUGAGAUUAACGUUGCUAUUUCAAAUUCAAUGGGUUUUGGUGGACACAACUCUGUUGUAGCGUUUACUGCAUUCAAACCUUGAUAAAAUCAUUGAGAAUAUCUCCAUUAUCAAUAAAGAAUAGUUUAUGGUGUUUAAGGCAUGUAUCGAUUUGUCAAAAUAUGCAAUAGAAUUAUAAAAUAAUAUAAAAUUUAAAUAAGUAAUAAGAGUUCAAAGCCAUAUUCUGUUUACCAUUUUAAACUAAUACCAUUAUUUUUUUUAUUUUUUAUUUUUUAUUUUUUUUAUUUUUUUUAUUUUUUUUUUAAAUAGCAAACCACCUAUGUUUCCACCAAGACUUGAACCCCUGACCUCUCAUAUGAGAUGAUCACUCCAUACCGCUAGGCCAUUGGCCAUUUGGUAUCAUUAUGUAUUUUAUGAACAAAGUUUAAUAUAUUGAGAGAAAACACAUCUCAGAGAUUGGAAACAUGACGUUUAAUACAAAUAGAAAAAAAAACAAA